AUUUAUGCAGAAGAGCUGAUUGAGAGCAAUAGAGAGAGAUUGAGAGAGAGAGAGAGAGAGGAAUAACCGCCAUGAACGUGUUCAGACUAGCUGGGGACAUGACCCAUCUCCUCAGUAUAAUAGUCCUCCUCCUCAAGAUCCGCACCAUGAAAUCUUGCGCAGGGAUUUCACUGAAGACUCAAGAACUCUAUGUUAUAGUCUUUGUUGCUCGGUACCUUGAUUUGUUUACAAGGUACAUCUCAUUCUACAAUACUGCAAUGAAGCUAGUGUUCCUUGGGACUUCCAUUGGUAUUGUCUGGUACAUGAGAUACCAUAAAGUAGUGAAGCAAACUUACAACAAAGAUGAAGACACUUUCCGACAUUACUUUCUGCUUCUCCCAUGCUUUGUGCUGGCUCUUCUGGUUCACCCUGCUUUCAGUGUGAUGGAGGUUCUAUGGACAUUUUCACUGUAUCUUGAAGCAGUGGCAAUCUUACCGCAGUUGGUGUUAUUGCAACGGUCAAAUAACAUUGACAACUUGGCUGGGAACUAUGUUUUUCUUCUUGGUGCUUACCGAGCUUUAUAUCUCAUCAAUUGGAUGUAUCGCUUCUUUAUUGAUAAUCUCCAAGUCCGCUGGAUACCUUGGACAUCAGGCUUAAUUCAGACUGCUCUUUAUGCUGACUUCUUCUACUACUAUAUAAAGAGCUGGAAGAACAACGAGCAGUUCAAGCUUCCCGAUUAAAUAAAGUGGAGCUAUCUUGGUUUGGACUUCUGCUAACAUGAAAGAAAUGUUUUAUCCCAAUGGUGGAAUAUUAUUAUUUACUAAUUCCAGUAAAUUGUUGUCUCAAUCACAGCAUUUUGUUUUUGUUACUAAAACAUGUAGAGAAGGCCACUAAUUUGUUUAGCAUGGACCUUACUUUUCAACAAUGACUUUUAAUGCUUUAAAUUUGAUGAAGAGAUGUCAAAAAUGUUUUAUCUUGGAA